GACAGUACGCUCAGUUUAAAACUGAACGGCACUAAGUCCAGGCAUUAUGAGCAGUAGUAAGAAGAUGAAGACAUACCAUUGCCAUUCGGUAUGGGAAGAACAAUAUUUCUUUACAGAAGCUAAAGGCUUGUCAACCGACGGCGCUCCAGCUUUGGUGGGUCGUGAUAAGGGUCUCGUGGGGUUAUGUCGUAAAGAUGAAAGUUACCACUGCAUUCUCCAAAAGCAAGUAUUAUGUAGGAAUUUUCUAAAACUAAACAACGUUAUAAAAUUGGUAGUAAACAUUGUGAAUAAGAUUAGAGAUCAAGCGUUACAAAGAAGAUUACUUAAAACCUUGGCCGAAGAAAUUGACUGUCAAUACGGGGAACUACUUCUUCAUUCUGAAGUCCAAUGGUUAAGUAGGGUACGAGUGCUGAAACAUUUUAAUGAUAUCAUAUCUGCCAUAGUUCAAUUUUUCAAACAACGUGAUGAACCGAUUCGGAAACUGGAAAAUUCAAUCUGGCUUAGAGAUUUUGGUUUUCUUGUGGAUAUUACAGAAAAAUUGAAUGAACUUAAUUUGCAGCUUCAGUGGAGAGACAAAAAACUAGCAGAAAUGAUUUCUGAUAUAAAAGCGUUUUUCAAAAAGCUUGAGUUUUGGGAACAAAACUUAAUCGAUGACGAUACCUGGCAUUUUCCUCUUCUUACAGACUCAAAGUCCAUUAGAGUCAUAUGA